CAUGUGUUCGGUUUCCAUCUAGGAGAAAUGUUUGCAUUUUGAUUUGACCUAUUUUCGUCUUCAUCUUUCCAGAACCAUGGCAGACACGACAUCCAGCGACCUGGACUCGCUCCCCGACCGCAUCGCGGAAACCUUCACCGGUAUGAAGGUCCUCGUGACCGGAGGAACUGGCUUCAUGGGGAAAGUGCUGGUGGAGAAACUCCUCAGAAAAUGUCCAGACAUCGGCCAAAUUCUACUUCUAGUCAGAUCGAAGAAGGGGAAGAACCCAAAACAGAGGCUGGAAGAGAUCUUCAGUGGAGCGCUCUUCGAGAAACUCCGCGGCUUACGUGGCGGGAUCGAGCCUCUCCUGGAGAAGGUCACCAUCGUGUCCGGUGACGUCUCCGAGGCCGACCUCGCAAUGUCUGAGGAGGACAGACAGAUGAUCAUCAACGAUGUGCACAUCAUCAUACAUGCGGCUGCUACUAUCAGGUUCGACGAAGAGCUGAAAAAGGCUGUUCUGCUGAACGUGAGAGGCACCAAACUGAUGGUGGAGCUGGGCAAGGCUUGCAAGAACUUGAAGGUAUUCAUCCACAUCUCGACUUCCUACUGCCACCUUCACGAGAAGCUUUUAGAAGAGAAGGCAUAUCCUCCACCUGCAGACCCUCACCAGAUCAUCCAGGCUGUGGAGUGGAUGGACGAGGAAACCAUCGCCACGCUGACUCCGAAAUUACUGAACAAGCUCCCCAACUCCUACGCUUUCACGAAGGCACUUGGUGAAGCCUUGGUGGUGGAGGCCAUGGAACACAUGCCCGCUAUGGUACUGCGACCCUCGAUUGUGAUCCCUAUCUGGCAGGAGCCUGUUCCUGGAUGGACGGACAACAUCAACGGACCCACAGGACUGUUAAUUGGCAGUGACACCAAGUCCAACAUCAUCAACUUCACAUCAUCAGCUGAGAUCAAGGUCACGUGGUCUGAGAUGAUCGACGCCGGUAGAGAGAUCAUCAUGAACAGAGUCCCUCUUAACGGAGUUGUUUGGUACCCUGGCGGUUCGAUGAAGCACUCGCGACUGUAUCACAACAUCUGUGUUUUCUUCUUCCACUGGAUCCCCGCCUUUAUUAUCGACACUCUUCUCUUCUGCCUAGGAUAUAAGCCUGUGCUAGUCCGCGUCCAAAAGCGUAUCACUAAAGGUUUCGAAGUAUUUGAGUACUACACCAACAACCAAUGGGACUUCAAGUCUGACAUCGCUCAGACAGUCAGACAGACUCUCAACCCAAGAGAGAGAAGAGACUAUAAGGUCGAUGCAGUUGGCCUGGACAUCUCCAAAUACUUCGAGGACUGCAUCAGAGCGGCUCGAGUGUUCAUUCUCAAGGAGUACGAUGACACGUUACCGGCUGCACGGAGACAUAUGAAAGUUAUGUACUGGGUAGACGUGAUCGUCCGCUGUCUCUUCUGGGGGCUCAUCUUAUACUGGUUGAGCGGCUUCAUGUCUACAUCCACAACCGUUCUCGCGGAUUCUAAUGAAUCUCCAACCGUCAUUGCUAUGGAUGCCUAG